CGGGGAGGGAGGAAAUUCAAAUAUUUUCAUUUCCCGGCAAGCAGAGAAGACGAAAAGCAGUCAGCUCCUCGCCGCACCUUGCCUUCUCCUCUUGACCUCACAUCUCUCGUCGUCGUCGGCCGAGUUUACGGGAACAUGGAGUCUGCUAUUCCAGGUAUGGAAUCUGUGGUAGCAAGUGUGAGUGGCUACCAUGGAUCGGAGAGGUUCAAGCUCAUCAAGCUAAUAUCCCAGGCUGGUGCAAGUUAUGUAGGCUCAAUGUCUAAAACUACAACACACUUGGUUUGCUGGAAAUUCGAAGGCGAAAAACAUAAUCUUGCCAAGAAAUUUGGAGUGAAGAUAGUUAAUCAUCAGUGGAUAGAGGACUGUAUAAAGCAAGGACAGCUCGUACCAGAGAGGCCUUAUAUGUUGCGUAGCGGAAAAGAGGUAGGACCUCUAUCAUCAGAAGUUCCUAUAUCUGAUAAGCUUCCCUCAAACCAGAACCCCGUUGUUCUGUCCAAUAUCUCCAACACAUGGGAGGGCUUUGGUAGACAGGGAUCUAGGAGGGACUCUGAAGAUCCUGCCCUUGUUUGUUGCACUGAUUCAGUUUUCUUGAAUAGGGAUUUAUUUUCUGAGGGUGGCACAAGCAAGGGUACCUCCAGUAAGUCAAAGCUUAAACGGGUGUGUGGAAGUUCAAAGCAACAGAACAGGUCAAGUAGUAGGAAACGUUGUCAGGAUCCUUCCAUGGUGCUAUCUCUAUUUGAGUUUGAGAAUCCAAGUUCUAGCUCUUCUCCUGAUUCAAGGAGAGGGAAGAGGAUGGCUCCUGAGCACGAAGAGUUGCAGACUCGUUAUAAGAGACGUUCUCUUAACAUAAAAAUGAAUAGUUCUGAUGACACAGGAGCCACUGAUUUUGCCGAACCUUCUCAUAAAGGGAGGAUACGUCCGAAGAGAAAUGUUUCUAUUUCUAAACGCAAUAUGGAAACUAUAAUCUUGGACUCUGACGAAGAUAGCUCUCCAGUUGAGUCUCAUGGUGGAACCUCUAAUAGCUUCCCCGAGUCACCAACACCUUCAGGGAGGCCAAGCAAGCUCGACACUCCGGAACACUCGAAUGUGACAAUCAACGAUGUGGAUGAAUUGCCACCUUCCACGAGACCUGAACCUUCAGUUGAAUUGUCCUGUGUUAUAUGCUGGACUGAGUUCAGUUCAACUAGAGGGAUUUUGCCAUGUGGACACCGUUUUUGCUACUCGUGCAUUGAGAGUUGGGCUCGACACAUGGAUUCAGUGAGGAAAGUUUCGAAAUGUCCCUUAUGCAAGGCUAACUUUGCUAGCAUCAGGAAGCUGGAAGAUGCAGACUGUUCCGACCAGAAAAUUUACUCCCAAACCAUUCCUGAUGCUGCUGUUUUGGCAAUAGGAGGUUUUAGACAGAGGUGUGGUGGCGCCAUUCCUCUCGAUUCAUCAACAGACGAUCAGGGAUUUCGGGCUGAGUCAUUUCAAAGAUGGGGUUGUACCAAAUGCCGGAAUUGGGAGCCUGAAGAACUUCUGGUUCAUUGUCGGGUAUGCGAGGUUCGGGUUAUUCAUUCCUACUGCCUGGACCCUUAUGUGUCACCGUGGACAUGUCGUCACUGCACAGAGCUUCAAUCUCUUCUCCGCCGCAGCUACUAGUGACUAUUCAUUCUCUCGUUUAGCGUAUUCAGAUAUUGUGUAGUUUACCAAUGACAGUCUUAAUUGGUGGAUUGGUGAAGGCUAAAUCCAGUGGUUAAUUUUGUUGCUUUCCAUGCGGCCUAGCCGCGGGAACUAAACUUGCGGCAGCAUGAUCGUAUGGUGGCCAGUUCGGUUGAUGCAUAGUGUGCUCUCACUAAUCAACCCCAUUGAGUUUUCGACCCUCUUGACAUUUUGUUACCAGACCUCGAUUUGAAUGCAGC